AUGAAUGAGAAUAUCUUUUCCCUAUUGAACUCCCCAUCUGGGUCUCCUAAGAAAAGAGCCAGUCAUUCCCAUGACCCAAUUCCCAUCAAUAAUAACUUUGCAAACUCAAGUUCUGCUCCAUACUCUACUUUGCCUCCGCCAACGAUUGGGGUUAACAGCUAUAGCACCGCCAUUGAUAACAUCAACGAUGCUUCCCAGCUUGCAACCCAACAUAUCAAUAAAGCAGCAUAUAGUAGUCCGGUACAAAACACUGCGAAAACCCCAACCCCAAAACCUGUGGACCCGUAUAAUGUAUAUCCCUCCGAGGCUACAAUUCCCCAAGCUCAAAUGAUGUCGCCAACCCACCAACAAAUAAACAGUAGCUAUCAUCAUCACCCCCAGCUUCUACCAUCCAAUGAUAUCAUGAGAUCCAACACUGUUAGAUCCAGGAUCGCCACUGCUAAAUUGAAUUAUGAAGAUCCUCAAAAUAUGAACAUCAGAGAAGAUGUCCGCAGUACCAAUUCUCGUCGUUAUUUUGAAGAACAGUUGUAUUCUCAAGUGUUGACUCGUCCACUUUUUAUCACCCCAGUGCCGAUCCAAGAAAUCUUUGGUAUUGGUCCAACGGCAUUUUCUGUCAAUACUCUCAUGCAUUUGUUCGAAAUUGUGUUUGCGGUAGCCACCAUUGUGCUUUGUAGCAAUUCCAUUAAUAACGAUACCUCCAGUGUCAAAAGCAGCGUUUGGGGGUUCUUGAUCGCGUCUUCUGGGAUCUUGCUCGGGAUUUCCGUGUUGUUCUUAUUCAGAAUCAUGAAUUUCGAGCAUAAUAACGGGAUCUUUUAUUGUUUGACCGGUCUGGGACUUAGUUUAUCCGCCAUGGGGGUGGCGAUUGGGGUGUUAUUGCCAACUCCUUGUGAGGAAGGUGAAGGUGAACAGUGCAAGCUCAGACGCGCCGAAACCGCGUUGAUUUGUGUCGGGGCGAUUUUGUGGCUCAUCAACUUGAUCCAAUUUAUCACCGUUUAUUACAUUUCCAGACUUGAAUUGGCCCGUACUUUGCCAGCCCCAGCCCCAGAAGAAGAACAAGACCUGGGAAACCCUUACUACCCAUCUCACCAAUCAAUGGUUCCUGAUGCCGGCUUCACGACAGAAAAAAACCCUGGUUUCUAUGCCAAAAGGCAUUCGGAUCCUGCCACCCUAAUUCCAACUUCAACUACAUCUAAAAUAGAAAACCAGCAAUUGCCGCCACCAAUCGACGAGCCAGUGCAUCAUAGAAAUAACUCUCUCAAAUAUUCUUUGGGAGAUGAUGGUUUACAUAUCUUGACCGAAGAUCAGGCUAGACAACUUCAAAGAGUCGCCUUAUAUUCAGGAAACGGUUUCAUGUCCCACGCCCAAAGUAAUGUUUGA